AUGUUCUACAUGCAUUUGCUCGUCAACAAGCGUGGGCCGUUGGCCAAAAUAUGGCUUGCUGCCCACUGGGAGAAGAAGCUCACCAAAACUCAUAUAUUUGAGUGCAAUUUAGAGACUACCAUUGAAAAGAUCAUCUUGCCAAAGUUUACGAUAGCUCUACGAACCUCUGGACACUUACUCCUAGGAGUGGUGCGAAUUUACCACAGGAAAGCAAAGUACCUAUUAGCAGACUGUAGUGAAGCUUUGACAAAAAUGAAGACAGCCUUUCGCCCAGGACUUGUUGACCUUCCAGAAGAGAGCUUUGAGGCUGCUUAUCAGUCCAUUACAUUACCUGAAGAAUUUCAUGAUUUUGAAACACCACUACCUGAUUUAAAUGCCAUUGAUGUUGCUGAACAUUUUACCUUGAAUCAGAGCAGAGCUGAAGACAUCACACUUACAGAGGAUUACGAAAGCAAUAUACUUCUCUGUGAUAGAAACUUUGAAAUCCUGUUGAGGGAUGAGCAAAAUGGCCUAGAUAAUGACAUUCUUGAUAUGGAGGAAGAACGUCCUUUGUCACAAGAUCUGCCAGAGAACAGCACAGCUAUUGAGUCCAACUGCGCGGACACCACCGAUAAGAAAGUCAGUCAUGUAAUGAAUGAAGCAAUACUUUUAUUGAAAGAAGAAGAAGGAUUUGUGCUUGAACCAGUUAAUGAUACAGCUGUCGCCCAGAGGAAAAAAAAUAAAAGAAAGAGGAAGUUGCUUGUGGAUGUAAACAAGGAACUCGGCUGCAACGCUAUAUACAACCAACUUAACAACUGCACAGACAUCCUUGCUACGUUAGACCUCGCACCCCCAACGAAAAAAACAAUGAUGUGGAAGAAAUCAGGAGGUGUGGAUAAACUCUUGUCCCACACUACACAGCCUGUGUUUCAUGCUGAGCUACAAAUGUUGUUUGCAAAAUGCUUCAAGAGUCACGGAUUUAAGAUGAGAAGAAAUGGAAUACAGAGGGUGUCUGAAAUGGAAGAAACGAGAAAAGAGAAAGAUACCACAGAGAUGCUGAUAGUAGAAGAGCCAAGUUACCUACAGGAGUCAGCUCAUUCAGAGACUGAGAGAAAAAUCAGAAAUGAUUCAUUUAUGUUGACAUCACAGAAUAACAGAAAUGAAACUGGUCAUAACUGUGGUGAAACUAUACAGGGUGGAACGGCUUUCUCUGAGAGCUCCCCACUGGUGAACAGUUUGCUGGGCCAAGAAGCUGAACCCCAGCAAGCUGAGUUAGCAAAUGAACUAACAAGGAACGGGAAAGACAGUGAAGAAAUAAGGUGGAGCAAAAGAACUCUUCAGUUAUUAGAAAAUUUACAGCACCUGAAGCGAUCAGGCGUGCGUGCUUUCAGUUUUUGGGAGCUCUGCCGGAAAAACAAGCGGAAAGAAGUUGCAGUCAAGUUUUACACCUUUCUUGUUCUAAAGAAGCAGUCGGUUAUUGAGCUGAGACAGAGCGCUCCCUUCGCUGACAUUACAGCCACCAUUGGCCCCAUGUUCAACACUCGCUGA